AUGUCUAUCGAAGAAGAAAACAAUCAAUCUGCUUCUCCGUUUACUACCGAAUCCGUCGAAAAGACACCAGUGGACGAAACCGAAGUUGGAAGAGAAAGUUCUACUGAAAGUAACUCAAUUGAAGUCUCUAAGAACUCCCCAAUCUUAUACAGGGUCUUACUUUCUUACAAUGAAUCGGGCAAAGUCAUAGGUCAUGAGGCCAAGACUUUGAAGACAUUGAGAGAUACCAACGACAUUCAAAUCACUCUAAGUGAAAAAGUUCAAGGUUGCUCUGAUAGAGUUUUAUCUAUUGGCGGUUCCAUCGUUAAUGUCGCUAAUACUAUUAAUGAUAUUAUCAAACUUUUCGUUGAAGAUACUGAACAAACAGCUUCCAAGCAUUAUCCAUUUUCAUUUUUGAAUUCAAUGUUACCUGAACCAAAAAUCGAGGAUUUUGAAGGUUGCACCGAUGUCAAUGCCAUUCGUUCCGUCAGAUUACUUUUAUCAAACUCAAAGAUUCCAUUAGUCUUUGGCAAAAAUGGUGAUACUUUGAAAAAAUUACAGGAAGGUUAUAAAGUUAAAAUCAUCGGUUCAAAAAGAACGUUACCUGACAGUGACGAUAGAUUACUUGAAAUUCAAGGUGAAAGUCAACACAUUGCCGAUUGUAUCGUUGAAGUAGGCCAAAUUAUUUUAAACAAAAUUAGCUUUGAGCAAUUGAAUGAAAUACGAUACACACCGCAUCUUUCAAAAUCUAAAACCAACGGUUCUCAACCUAUAAGAAAUCAAAAAACUGAACAAGAUUCAGAUCUUCAAACUUUUUCUGCAACUGUCCUGGUUCCCGAACCAUUGGUCGGUGGUUUAAUCGGUGUAAAGGGUAACAGAAUUAUUAGUUUAAGAAAAUACACAAAAACCAAGAUUACCACUCUAAAGAAUGAGGAUGAAAAGACCCAUAACGAUGAGGGCGAAGAGAUGAGGAAAUUCGUCAUUACUGGUCAUAGCGUCGAUAACGUAAAGAAAGCAGAAUCAUUAUUAGUUAAGAAUUUAGAUGCUUUAACUGAAGAACGCGCUAUGGAAAAUGAAAAAAAUGGUAAGAACGUUGAAUUUUAA